CGUUGUUGUGUCAUUGUUUCACGCACUGUUCAAUGGUCUUUCUCUUUUUUCUUUUGCAUUUGCCUUGCCUUUUGCUGUACGUAAGCUCUUGUUUUAUAAUGUGUUAUUUUUAUUCCUUGCGUUUUUUAUUUACAUUUUCUGGUACCUUUAUUUAUUGUUGUCGUCUCUGGUUUUCGGGUUUAAUGUAUGCGUGCACCAGCACUUACACCUUAGGGGUGUUCCUGCGCGCGGUAAACAAAUGAACGGUAAAUUGUUGAUUCAUUCACUCAUUCAUUCAUUGCGAAAGACACAAACAGCCACCAAUUAGACACGUUCAUCGCCGCCACACUGGCUCUGUGCCACUGCUUAAGGUACCAUGUUCAUCAGGUUGGCACGUGCUUCGAAACCUUGCGCAGAAGAAGAAGAGGAGCUGUUUCUCUCGGAUGCGCCUCCGUCCUCCCGCUCUGAGAAAACGCACUUGCCUCCAUGAGCGACGACGCGACGCCGGCCAACGGCGGCGCCCUGGAGGCCUCACCCGCAGAGUCUCGGAACACGGCCGUGGUACCCUGGCGUCCCGAGCCUCCGCCGGUGUCUGUAGACGCGCCGAAACGCGCUGUCCGACGGAACCGUGGCUCGUGCAAGGCGCGAAAGCGCCGUCGCCGCGCUCAGGGUGCUCAGAGCCCGUCGCUGGCGGCGGACGCUCGCCGAGCUGCUCGGACGUCGUCGCGAGAGUCGGGCAGCGACAGCAUCUCCGACGCCGCCGGCACCCCGGCGGCCGACACCUCGGAGGAAGUGACCCCCACGUCCGCUCGCGUGCCGUCCACUGCCGCUGUCGACGGCGGCGAGGCCCACGGUGCCAGCGAACUCACUCAGGUGGUGCAAACCCCUCAAGAUGCCACUGGGUCGGUCGCGAGCGACGUCAAGCAGGAAGGCCCGACGGAACCGCAGCGCAGUACUUCCGUGAACGGCACGCUGCCGCAGCAGCAGGAAGAAGCAUGCCCCAGCCCCUCACUGGAGCGCCUAGUUGAGACGACCCCAUGGGAGCGCUGGUCACAGCCGACCUACGAUUGCGGAGCGGAGCCCCAAGUUGCGGGGACGAGCGCGCUCGUUGCCUCAAGUCCGCAAUCGGGAAACGACAACGCCACCGACAGCCACAGGGACCGCCGCAAGUCAAUUGUCAGAUUCGGCGCCACGACAGUCCGCGAGAUCACUCAGCGCACCCGGUCUGCCCUGGCGUGGCACGGGGGCCAGCAGCACAUGCUCAUGGCGCUGGUGGCCGUCGUCAUGCUGCUGCUCUCGCUCGCCGUGCUCAUCCUGGUCUUCGUGCGCGUCGAGGAACCGCUGGUGCUGACGCGGUGCUCGUCCUCCAACUGUCGAAACGCCGCCCGCAACCUCGAGCGCUUCGUCGACGUUGGGGUGGACCCCUGCAAGGACUUCUACGGGCACGUCUGCCGCCGCUGGGAGCGAGACGCCGCCGCCGCACCCAAAGACGACGCCAACGCAGCUGUGGUUAUGGGUGAGGACGGCGUCGGAAAGUCUGUCCCGCCAGAGCGCCCAGCAGAACGUUAUGUGAUCAAUAUAUGUUUUGUCCAAGCUAACAUGGAAUAAGUAAUUUUUUUUUAAAAGCGAAGCUUUGUUUGCCUCUUCCUUCGUCUUUGC